AUGCUCAGUGGGGAGACUAGGAGCCUCCUCAGUGGGAUAUUAAGGACUGAGAUGGGGACAUGGAUCAUGCUGGCUCUGCUGCUCUCCCAUACCCUCGCUCACAACCACCAGGGAGCGCCAGAUCUGUACCACGUGAGCGAGGGCCAGUUUUUCAUCCUUCCCUGUUGCCCGGCUGGUCAAAGAGCGGACGUGUACUGGAGCAGACGGGGUCAGGCUCUGGGGCUAGGACUGGACCGAUACCAAGGUCAAAACCUGAGUCUGGACAAGGGUCAGAACCUGAGUCUGGACAAGGGUCAGAACCUGAGUCUGUACCAGGGUCAGAACCUGAGUCUGUACCAGGGUCUGGACCAGGCCGGGGUGGAGGUCCUGCAGGGGCGGCUCUGGUUCCAGCCUGUACAGAGGGCUCACAGCGGAGUGUACACCUGCCACUACAGGUCCCAGAGUGGAAUGGAGCACCAGGAACAUAUGGAGCUGUCCGUGUCCAGGGAGGAGUGUCCGUUAGCAGACGAGCGCAGGCCUCUGUCGCGGGGGGUAACUGGAGAAGUUCCGUGUCGAUUCUACAACUACUACCGCCUCCUCAACAUCAGCAGCUCCAUGGCCGUGCGCUGGAAGAAGGGCUGUGGUGCAGUGCACAGAGCAGGGGCCCCUGUGAGUCAGUCGGGCCCCAGUCUGUGGCUCCAGGAGGUCAGCAAUGAGGAUGCGGGGAUAUACACCUGCUUCAUAGACCUCAGUGUGGGGGGACUCAACCACAGCGUCGCCUGGAGUGUGGAGGUCACAAUCACCAACAGCACCGUGUAUAUGGAUCCAUACGUGCUCUUCCCUCGGGACCAGGUUGUGCCAGUGGAACUAGGGGGCAGUGUGAAGCUGCGGUGUGUAGCUGACCUGGGCUACAGCACAAAUGGACACACACUCAUGUACUGGCUCCUGAACCACAGCGACACAGACGACCACGGCCUCAGUGACUCCUGGCACACGUGA